AUGCCCGCCGGCAACUUCGCCAGGAACAGCCCGGCCGCCCUCGGCGAGCUGCAGCACAACCGCCAGGAGCCGGCGCCGCGAGCCUCCUCCCGUAAGUCGCGAGACGAACGCCGACCACCCGACCCCGAGCCCGCCGCCCGCUCCGGCGCCGACUCGCCCACCAAGAAGAGCUUCCUCCUCAGCAUGACCAAGUCGCGCGACUCGUCGCCCACCAAGAGCCCCAAGAAGGCCAAGUCGGGCGCCAACCUGACCAACCUGCUCGGCCGACCCAAGACGAUUAAGAGCCUACACAAGCUGGUGACGGACGACGAGGGAAUACAGUCGGGCAAGGAUAAGGAAAACAGAACGCCGGACGAGCCCCCUCACAGCGCCACCCUGCCCGCGUACGCUCAGUUUCCCAGCAAUGAGGAGCACAGAGACCACCGCGACCACAGAGAUCAAAGCGAUCAGAGAGGCUCCUCCGAGAGGCGCUCCAUCGCCAGGGAACGCCCGCGUACGCUCAUGUAUCCGACGCGGUCGCAGCAGGACAUUAAGCAGUCUUCCAUCAAGUCGGAAUCGCCCAGCGGCUCCAAAUCGGCAUCGUCCAAGGGCAAGUCCAUCCGCGAACGGGGCAAGGUCUUUGGCGCAUUUGCCAGCUUCAGCCACGGCCGCUCCAAGUCGGAGACGUCGACUCCCCGCGGCGGCUCGCCCACCGCGCCGGGGCACGUCCUGGACCUCAAGGACAUCAACAAGCAGCUCGAGGCGCUCCUGGACCGCCGAAACAUCCCCGAGAACCAGCGCUACAAGAUGCGGAACCUGAGCGACACCAUCAAGAUGGAGUUCAUCCGGCAGGACUGGGCCGAGAUGCGCGCCGCCAAGCUGGAGCGCAAGGCCGAUCGUCCUCGAACCAGCGUCAGCAGCAGCAUCAACGGCACCGGUGCAGGUGCUGGCACCGGCGCUGGUGCCGCCGCCGCCUCCUCGUCCGCCGCCACGUCCACCUCCGCCGUCGUCUCCGAUGCCGAAGAGGAAAAGCCGAAGCGAACGCGCGGUCGAAGCUUCACGUUUUCGCGCGCGAAAAAGGACAAGGAGCGCUCCUCAUCCAAAAAGUCAACAAAGGGGGAGAGCACGCUGGGCCGGCACUUCAGGAACAAGUCUUCUGACAGCGUAACCAGCGAUCGACCCGUCUCGAGCGGCGCCUCGUCUGCCGGGAGCACAUUGCUAUCCAAGAUCAAGAUGCAACAGGGGCCGGCCGACUUCGUCGCGUACCUUAGAAAGGUGCGCCAGCCGCAGCAGGUCGAGGUGGGCAAGCUUCACAAGUUGAGGCUAUUGCUGCGGAACGAGACCGUUGCCUGGAUCGAAGAGUUUAUCCAGCAUGGCGGAAUGAAGGAGAUUGUCGGGCUGCUGAAGCGCAUCAUGGAGGUUGAAUGGAGAGAGGAACACGAAGACGCCCUCCUCCACGAGAACCUCCUGUGCCUCAAGGCCCUGUCCACGACGGCAAAGGCAAUGGAGUAUCUCCACUCGGUUCAGGCCGACCUCUUCCCAAAGCUGCUACACCUGCUCUUCGACCCCGAAAAGAAGGGCCCCAGCGAGUUCACCACGCGCAACAUCGUCACGUCGGUUCUUUUCACCUACAUCGAGUCCGCGUCUUCCGCGGAGCGCGUCAUCAGGGCUAGGAGCGUCCUGAGGCACCUGCGAGACCCAGAGCCGGAAGAGUCGGCGCGACCGCUGCCGUUCGUCCUGGAGAUGCGACAGGAGCGGCCGUACCGCGUGUGGUGCAAGGAGGUGGUCAACGUGACCAAGGAAGUCUUCUGGAUCUUUCUCCAUCACCUCAACGUGGUGCCGCUGACGGCCGAGCCGGACGGCUCAGGCGACGCAGCCAUGGGCCGUCUGACCAACAGCGACAACGACGAGCAGUACGCAUACAUGCGCCGCCACUUCCCGCACGAGAGGGCCCCGGUGCCCGCUGCCCCUUAUGUGGGCGGCGUGGAGUGGGACGCGACCAAUUACCUGGCGUCUCACCUGGACCUGAUGAAUGCCAUCCUGGCCUGCACUCUGACGCUCGACGAGAGGAACCGCUUGCGGGCCGAACUGCGCAUCUCGGGCUGGGAGCGGUGUAUGGGCGGCAGUCUGCGCCUGUGCAAAGAGAAGUUCUACGGCAGCGUUCACACCGGCCUGAGGACCUGGGUGGCCGCGGCCGCGGAGGAUGGAUGGGACGUCAAGGACGUGAGGUACGGGCCGCCCGCUGAUGCGAGGACGUCGCCCGUGAAGCCUGGCUCGCCGCGGAAGAAGGUGGAGGAUGCGCCAAAGCUGGAUAUGCCAAAGCUCGAUUUCAACUCGAACAAGACGCAGCCGCCCCCGAAGGACGGUUGGCUAUGA